UUGGGAUCCAUUCAUAAUUUGGAUAGUUGAUCCUCGUUAUGUAAAGGGUAAAGAUGAUCAUCCUCCACAGCAGCCAGCUAACGCAAAUUUCCCCCGUCCACCACCUGCCGCCAUUAAAUCAAAUAAUGGGAAUCCCAUCCCAAUUCAUUACAACCAGCCUAUAGUCCUGCAAUGCUUAACAACCGGAAUGACAAGCCCAACUAUGAUUAUUCGUAAAGUGGACAAAGGUAGCAUGGUUAUUGGAGGUGGCAUCCUUGAUUCUAAUGGGCAUGGUGAAGCUGAAGAAGCUUUAGGUGAUCCGGUUUCACAACUUCACAAAGUUGCGUUUCAAAUUAAGGAUACCAGCAUAUCUUCUUCACCUUCAACCUCUCCGACAUUUCAACCACCAAACAAUCAACAUCUCCCCGGGCCUGGCACAUAUCUCGCUUGCCUAGGUGAUGUUGUAGGAAUGCAACGUGCGAACGAAGGCCGAAAAAUAAUGACCCAACCUUCGACUGUACCAAUUAAUUCCAAUUUCUUGGACAUGAAGACUAAUUCUCCAAUUCCUUCGCCCACUGACAUUUCAUCCGCAGUUGCAGCGUGGGCAUCUCCUACGGAUUUUUCCAUGGAUUCAACUACAUUGCCCGAGUCUGCUGUGGUUACUGCUGAAGGUGGAAAAGUUAUUCGCAAGCGGCGUGUUUCCUCAUCAGUGGUGGUUAGGCCUACUACAGCACUAUCUAAAGCUGCAUUGACAAAGAACAGGAGGAGGGUAAAUAGCUUAAGUGGUGUAGCAAGUGAGGUUGAUCUUGCGAAAUUCGCCAGCGUCAGAAAUUCUGUUGGUCAUCGGCACCACGACAAUGCUGGUGCUUUAUGGACAGAGGAUGUAACCGAUGCUGCUGUAUGGACGAUUGUUGGAACUGAUUGUGCAUCGUAUACGUUUUAUUCUCCACAAAACUUAAUUUCCGGAUCAAUGAGUCCAUCUCACCAUCUUUCAUCAUUAUCGCUGCCCAUGCCAGUAACUCCAUUACCAAGUAUUUCAAACAUUAUUAGCACUACGUCAUCAUCAUCCUGUUCAAUUCCUACAUCACAACUUCAGCAUUCAACAACUCCAAACACUAUAACUAUAUAUGGUGAUAACUUUACUCGAGAUUUGAUGGUAUGGUUUGGAGAUGUUCCAAGCCUGAAAACAGAGUUUAGGUCUAAAGACUGUCUGGUGUGCUGGUUACCAGAAGAGUUGAUGUAUGAAAUAGAACAUAAUAAUAAUAUUAAGCGGGACAUUUCUGGUCUUCAAGGCCGUCAUCUUCAUUGGAUCCCUAACGGAAGGAUGAGCAUGAGCGGUAGACCAAUUUUACUAAGUCGUAACGAUGGUGUAGUGUUUAAAACAGGAAAA